AUGUUAAAGAAAAAAAUCGUCCGUCUAUCUUCCUCACCCUGGUCGUCACCAGUCGUUCUGGUAAGAAAAAAAGAUGGUAGCUUACGGAUAUGUGUGGGCUACCGACAGCUGAAUCAGGUCACUGAGCGUGACUCAUUUCCGCUUCCACGCGUGGAUGAUACCAUUGACGCAGUGGCUGGCUCAAAGUGGUUUUCUAACCUGGAUCUAGCGUCUGGGUAUUGGCAAGUCGAGGUCCACCCGAAGGACCGUUGUAAAACGGCUUUUGCAGUACCGUCGGGCCUAUAUGAAUUCGAAACCAUGCCACUCUGUCUCGCGAACGCACCAACCACAUUUCAGCGACUUAUGCAGACAGUCCUCGCUGGCUUGGUCCCUAAAUGUUGCUUGAUCUAUCUGGACGACAUCAUUGUCCAUGACCGCACCAUCGACGAACACAACGGCCGGCUUUUGUCCAAGGCAGAAUUUGUUGCAGUCGGACCAAAUACUGAAAUACAGCAGCAAUUAUCCAUAAACCACAAAGAAGAGCUGCGUCCAAACCUUGUUCAAGAGGGCGGAGACACACUGCAGCACCACAGAACUGCGGAAGAAGGAAGAAAACUAUCUAUACAGAGUGUUCCAGAAGAAUGGAUAUCCAAGGAGUUUUAUCAAGAGAAGCUUGAAGAGGAAGACAUCUCAACAACAGCCAAGAACAAGCCACCAGACGGCACGAAGGUCAAGUGGAAGGAUCAUCAGAAUCCUGGAAGGAGUGGAUUUGGGUCGCGGAAGCUGGGCAGUCGAUGGCAAGGGCCGUUUGUGGUCACCGACUGCCGUGGGAACGUCCAUACCAUUCAAGAUGGUCGGCGAUCGAAAGUGGUGAAUGGGACGCAGCUUCGCAAGUGGCAUGAUAUACCUGAAGAGCGGCCGAGUGGACCCGCAGGCGAAGCCGACCUGGCGGAGGUAAAUGAAAAUCGAAGGCCUGCGAACGAGCUUUAA